AUUUUAUGUGAAGGACUCCAGAAUUCCCUUUUCCAGUUAAAAUAUACGUGGUCCAUCACGCUUCCGCUAUCAAACAGCGGGUCGUUGAAGAGUGGAUGGAGAACUUCAUCCUGUAUGAAGAACUUGGGGCAGGCAGUAGCUCUGUUGUCUACAAAGGGAGAAGGAAGGGCAAUCUCAACUAUGUGGCCAUCAUCUGCGCCGACAAAGCCAAGAGGCCUGCGAUCACUAACCAUGUACGUCUCAGUCAAGAUCUGGAUCAUCCCAACAUAGUAUGCUUCUAUGAAUGGUAUGAGACAAGUAACCACCUCUGGUUGGUAGUUGAGCUCUGUACAGAUAUAUAUAUAUAUAUAUAUAUAUAUAUGUCUGUCCAUCUAUCAGGUGGUUCCCUGGAGUCUGUAAUUGGUCAUGAUGGAUGUCUGUCAGAAGAUGUGGUGAGGAGAUUUGGAUGGGACUUGGUCAAAGGACUGAAAUACAUCCAUGAAUUAGGAAUCAUUUUCUCUGACUUGACCCCUGCUAAGAUCCUACUGGAUGGUAGUGGCACUCUGAAGUUUGGUAACUUCUGUCUGUCCAAGGCAGAUGGAGAGACACUGGAGGAUUUCUUUACCUUGCUCUCUACAUCUGAGGAGGCUGAGGAAGGAGAUAACAAGGAGAACUUUGACAACACAAGGAAAAUAUUACAUGGUCCUCCAACUUACAAAGCUCCAGAGGUUUUGCAGGGAUCAGAAACCAACAUGAGCUCUGAUUUCUGGGCUCUGGGUUGUACACUCUACUACAUGUAUACUGGUAAACCUCCAUUCUAUUCUGAUAGCUACACAGAAAUGACAGAGAUGAUUUUACAUCAGGAACCACCCACUCCCAGACAGACAGUGUUUACAGCUGGUCCUCCCAGCGAGGACUUCCAGAAUCUUCUGAAAGGCUUGCUCAACAAAAACCCAGAUAAGAGGAUGGGCUGGCCAGAGUUGUUGGACCACCCUUUCUGGACACAAGUACUAAUGGAGGGAGAAGAGGAAGAGGAGUAUGAAGAACGGAAUUUGGAGGAAAAAAGGAGCUGUGAGGGGGUUGGUUCAAAAAGCUUGAGACAAACAAGGAUCCCUGACCCUUACCCUCCAGGAAAUGCAGACAAGUUUCCCAACAGCCAUUCUGCAACAAUUCAUAGUCCAUCUGACAGGAGGACAGAUUGCCAACAAGCUGUCAGACACACCUGUGGAGCCUUAGUGAGCAGCCAGGAGUUGGAUAGAAAGAUGGGAAUGGAGAGAGGAGAGGAGGAGGCAAAGACGGAAGAUGAAUCCAAGCAAACUGGUGCCCAGAUGUUUCACACACUGCAACCCAAUAAGUCAUUCAUACAAGAUAACGUAUCAGAGCUCAGGCCAAAGAGUGGUAUGGAUGAGGACAACACUGAAGCCAUUUUUCUUCUCAGCUCCUGUGCUAACUCAAGGAGAAGCUGCAGUAUCUCAGACUCUCCGAACCUGACCCCUGCUCCCCAGACCAGUACUGAUACUGACAUCAUAUCCUGUGUGAAAGCUCUUCUUCAUACUGACUUUGAUCUGACUGUCACCCCAGUAAUGGACAACCCCAAGAUUCUUAAGAGUCCUCCUGUGCGAUUUGAUCCCAAGACCCUUUGUGUACCAUCAUAUUCAGUUCAGAAGCUGCACUCCCUCAGUGAUGAAGAAUGGACUUUCUUCCUGUUACAGCUUUGUUCAUCCCUUGAAGAACAGAACCCCUCUGCUGCUCCUUCUCCUCACUCCACAGCCGCUCGCUCAAGACUUAACCUGCUGUGCUACCUCUGCUGUGUGGUUGGACACAAAGUUAUUGCUAACAGGCUGAUGAACUCAACACUGCUUCCAGUAUUGACCCAGCAAUUACAACAAGCUCCUAACUGGGAUGUACGGAGCAAGGUUCUCAGAGUUAUGGGUCUACUGGCUCUGCACUGUACUGAACUGGAAGAGGACAGUCUUGUUUCUGAGGCUGUAUCCACGUUGAUAGACCUGUUGAGAGAUAACCUGAAGAAUAGUAAAAUAAAGCAGUUCCUGCUGCCACCACUCGGGGAGUUCCUCUACCUCAUCGCCUCUCAGGAGGAGAAGAGAGGCUCCCCAGAGGGACUGUGGUUCGUUCCCGCUGCCGCCUACACUGGCUUAAUGAGGAGCCUGCGGGAAGGGGAUGAUUCCAUAGUUCAUCACAUGGCUGCAAAAGCCAUAGAGAACAUCUCCACUGCUGUCUCUGCCCCUUCCCACCACCUGGUUACCACAGAAACAGGCUCCGCCCUGUGGUACCUGUUCACUCACUCCACUGUGGAGGCUGUCAGAGUCACUGCCAUCUCCGCUCUUUCAAGGCUAACCCGGGUGGUCCCAGCAGUCUUCUUGGCAGUGAUUGAGACCUGUGGCCCUGCGGCCAUCUUGGAGGGUAUGGGUGGAGCAGGGGCAAGGGUCCAGCAGCACAUCCUCACAGCUAUGGCCACCGCCCUACUCACCUCACGCAUCCAAAUGCACCGCGUCACACAGAGCAAGGAUUUGGUCUUGAAGGUGCUGCGCUGUCUAGAGAGUCCAUCUACAAUAACAAGAGCCAAAGCAUUUUUACUACUACAGCUACUAAUACAGGACAACACACACACUCUGCUAUACUGCUGUCAACACAGACUUGUGAUGCACCUGGAGAGAGACCUGCGCAAAGCCACUCCCCUCAGAGAGAACCCCAGCCAAUCAGGAUAUCUGUCUCAGUGUCUGGAUUUACUGAUUGUAUAUCUGAGUAGCACUGCGCAACUGAUACUGGAGGAUGUCUUAUGUGCAUUACAAAGUGUGGUCGGGAGGAGACACCCAUCUACAGCUCAGAGCAGACAGCUUAAACACACUUUGCCUACGAUAUCUGUAGUGCUGGAACUUCUUUCAUCCCAGGUCUUUAGAUGUCAAAUUGUAACUGAAAAGCUUCUAGCUCAAAUUGGAUUGCUGCUGAACUAUAUCACCUCUAUAGAGUCCAAUAAAACAAAUCUGGCCAGCGCUUUGGGUGCAGCAGCAUGUGAGGAGUUGAUUAGGACAUCUCUGUCCAUUGUGGAAGUCCUAAGUCAGCACCAUAAUCUCAUCACUCCACAUCGUAGUGCUGUUGUGGAUGCCAUCCUGCCCCCUCUGACAACACUGGCUUUCAGCAGAAGUGUGGAGUGGUCUGUGUUUGUUCUGAGGGUGCUGUCUGAACUCAGUUUUGUCCUGCUGGUCCAAGAGAGUGAAGGAACUGAGGAAGAUGAGGAGACAGACGUAAAUAAAGAGAGAAAAGAGGAUGGAGAAAGGACAGCAGAAGGAAGAGAUGAUGGAAGCUCCUGUAAUCAAAUCUUAGCUCUCCUCACUAAAUCUCUGCUUCCAAGGUAUGAGUCUCUUCUUAAAGCAGCAGAGCCUAUUCCACUCUAUGCACUCAAACUGCUGGUAUCGAUGACUGAACACAGCAUGCAGAUCUGCAGGUUGAUCAAACACAGUAAGAUCCUACCAACGGUCUUUCAACUCACUAUGGCCAACCGUAGUAAUGUUACCAGUGGGAUGGUCCAAAAUGUUAUCGCCUUGCUGUGUAAUCUUAGUGCAGACACAAUCUUGGACCUGGAGCCACUAUACCAACAAGGCCUGAUAGAGGUGGUGGUGAGCACCCUUUCAGAGGCUGCACUAGUCCACCUGGAUGGAGAGGGGCAUGCUGAGAGGAAGAUCAGCCAUCUUGUGUUACAAACCCUUCUGGAACUGCUUCAGAACAUCCUAAAACAAAUAUCUGUUGUUGUCCGCUCAGCACUGCAGAGCCAGAGGCUAUCUUGUCCAGCAGUGGAGAUGGAGGCAGCAGAGAAGCUACUCCUAGAAAACAGACCCCUGAGCCAACUCAGCACACACCUCAUUCACAUGCUGUCCACUGAAAACCAGGAGGUUUGGGAGGAGUCUAUUCAGUGUCUGUACCUACUGGUCCAGCUGUAUGGAGGAGAGGGUUAUGACUGUCUGUCACCUACCUGUUUGCAAAGCUUUUCACAUGUGCUGCGCACACACGUGCACACCGAGAUCCCCCGAAGCCAACGCACGACACUUAGGAUCAUCAAACGACUGGUGCAGACUACAGAGCAAUCUGAUUGGUUAGAAUGUCCCGAAGGGGCGGAGCUAAUUAGUCUACUGCAGGACAUAACUACAUCCAACAGCUGUCAUGUUGAUGUGGUUCCACUGGCUGUUGAAAUCCUCCAGGAGAUCUCUGGAUCCUAAAAGCUUAAAUCAUCAAACCUGAGGGCAAACCAGAAUCAUCCAAUAUUUCACCAUUUCAGAACUGAUACUGAUGUAGUAGUCUGCUUUGUAGAAUGUCUCUCUUCCUUCAGGUAACCUUGUUAUGCAUAAUCAGCGAGAGGAUUGUUCUUUUAAAAUGUCUUCAGUUUUUGAAUAAAAU